AUGAAUCUUGUCACCCCGUCAGACUUUUCACCUGUAUCCCCUAAACUCAACGAGAUGAUCUUUUCAAUUGGCGACGGCACGCUCUCGAGCAGUGCUUCAGGGCCCCCUGCCGAAUUGAUGACAGAUCUGUACUUUUGCGCAAUCAUUCGACUGGGCCUGUUCGCCAGGCCCAUGCCGUUGCUGAGAAAUGCUCGACAAAGAGGUAUAGCGGUUCCACUGUUGGCUAGGCCAGCUCCGCGCUAUCGGUCGUCGUCGUCGUCUAGUUAUGGCAAAUGGAACUUGUCCCUGUGUUACGUCGCCAUGCAGACUGUCGUGCUGUCUCAAAUCCUCUUGAGCUCUUCGUCCACUCUCAUCAGCGAGGCGCAGGAGACAUGGUAUUUACAAGCUUCAGCAUUUUCAUGCUGGCGACUUUUAGCGAGCCUGUCAGCCCACGCCACGAACCUGAGCCAUUGCUACAAUCGGUGGCAGCUGCAGCUCGACGAUAGUGUUGACUGUCCCGGGGCCCGAUUCGCCGCCACCUAUGGACAAGACGCUAGCCUAUCCUUUGUUCUGCCGACGACUUAUGAAGACUCAACACCGAUCCCCAAGGCGACGUCGAUCAUGUCUGAUUACGAUCACGUCGUUCUCGCCGUGAGCGACUGGUACCCCAUCGAUCUCAGCACAGCGUGUGGAUCGGGUCGUCGUGCUGGCUACAAGAUCAACUUUUGGAUCACAGUGCCCGACGCCACAGAUGACGACAACAGCACCCAAGGUUGCUGCAUUGCCCUUGCCACUGGCGUGAUCGAAAUCUCCGCUGCCGGCGAGAAUCCUGCGGCUCGUCUCGAUGGCCCUGUCAAAGUUUACCAAGACUGUGACCUCGGCGUUUCCGGGUGCUCCGCCGACCCCGAACUAAGCAGUACUUGUUCCGGCAGCCUGUGGGCGGAAGCUUCACUUGCUCAACCCGGACGCCGAAGACGAUGA